AGCGCUUUCGGCUCAACUGGCCUCUGUGCCGCCCCGGCUCCAUGGCCAAGCCGUUUCCCGGGGGACGGCGCCCGCCCGUGCUCCCCCGCGCCCAUGGUGACGGCAAGCGGCGGCCCGGAUGCCCCCGGGUGCUUUCGCCGCUGACUGGGCCAGCGUAAGGCCGCGCCCGCCGCCCGGUGAUGCCGCGGGUCGAUGGGCCUGGCAGCUCGGAGGUCCCCGAGGAGCACGAAGCGUGGCGUGCUGUGGUGUGGGACGAGAAGAACCUCCGGGCGAAGCUCAGGAAUGUGCAGGGGCUGCCGGCGUUCCAGGUCACCUCGGGCUUGGCUGGGAGCCAGGAGGCGGCGAUGAGGAUCGCGCGCUGGUGCGCCAAGCUGAUCCUUGAGGGCGGCUCCAAGGAGGAGGCGACGCAGCUGCGGGCGCGCCUCACCGAGGAGGCGCGGCAGGUGUCUGCCGCGGCACCCGCGGCGGCAACCGCGGCACCCGCGGCAACCGCGGCACCCGCGGCGCCCGCGGCGGCCCCCGCGGCGGCGGCGGCCGUGGCACCCGCGGCGGCGGCGGCCGCGGCACCCGCGGCAGCGGCGCCCGCGGCACCGGCGGCGGCGCCCUUGGCAGCCCAGGCGCCCCGGAGCGAGAAGCGCCCCGGCGCCCCGCUGGCCGAGCGCGCGCAGCAGCAGAGGGACCCCCGGAAGAAGAAGGAGAAGAAGAUCAAGAAAGAGAAGAAGGAAAAGGCCGCGCCACUCAUCAGCGACGACCACCUGGCCCCUUUCGAAGACGCCGAGGACGACAUGGUGCUGGCGCGUCAGGCGCCCGUGGCGGCCCCGGGCGCUUCCUCGGCGCCGGCGGCCCCCGAGCCUGCUGCCGCCGUGGCGCCGCCGGGGGCCGCCGAGGCGCCGCGAGGGACGCCAGGCUCCAGCGCCGCCAGCGGCGCGGUUUCCACAGAGGAGGACGACGAGCUGCCGCUGGCGCCGCCCCCCGCCCAGCGGUCGAGGGAGGACGCGCCCCCGGGCCACAGGGCCUGGACGGCCAUGAAGUUGGGCAACGCGGGC